CGGUCCGCCACUCUCCCCGCGCCAGAUGCCUCAAGACGAGAGCCGGCGCCCCUCCAUGGCCCAAGCUCCUGUUCCAGCCCACCUUGCCGUAUCUCCUCGUCGAUACGGGUCAAUUGGUGCCGCUAACUCAUCACCAAAUUACAACCGCCCCCAAAUCCCACCCCAACAACCUGCCCCUCAUCCCCUCUCCUCUGUAGCGGCGGCAGGCCCUAAUCUCGGCCGCCGUCACACCUCUGCAGACAUUCGCGAACAUGGUUGGGGAGCAACAAACAACAACGCUACCUCACCCUCCGCCCCUAACCACGCUUCCCCUCAAUGGCCACCUUCCCCGCAACAGACCGCUCACCACCCGAACAACACGAACACCAACAACAUCUCCAUGAAUCAAGCCCCUCCGCUCCCGACUGCAAACCACCAACAUGUCCGCAACCUCCUCGCCAGGUAUGAAAUGGGCUGCCCCCGCCGUAACACCAACCAAGACACAUCCAGACACUCCUCCCCACCGCCGCCCAUAUCUAUCGACCCCGUCGCCGCCCCACCCCAGCUACCCGGUGCAGCACCGCACCCGCCUUAUCCACAUACAUAUUCGCAAACACAAACACACCCACACCCACCCCAACACCCACUCGCUGCACACUCCUCGUCCUCGUCCUCCUCGUUGAAUCCGGAAAGUGGAUGGUCUGUUGGCGGGCCGAAAUUCCCUCGCCCAGCUGGGGACUCGUUGCCUGCCACGCGCCGGUCGAGUAUGGCAAGUAAUGUGCAUUCGCUAUUGAAUCCGACAGCGGCGACGGCGGAGCGGGAGCGGCCGGGCGAGGAUGAUGGGGUUGGGGAGGAUCGAAAAAGGAAGCGGUUACAAUAA